AUGCAAAGUGCUGGGGAAAUCGUCAUUCUUGCUGUGCUGGUCGGAAUACUAUUCGCUUUGGAUGUCAAUGCUAGUGCUGCAAACAAUCUGUGGGGCCUUUCAGUUCUCAUUGCAUAUGCAACGGGCGUCUGGAUCGUGCUUGCCAUCCCCUGGUUCAUCCUGGAGAAGAGGCGACCUGGUCAAAAACUCCCGCCUGGGACAAACAUCGUCAGCGUUGGCUUUUGGAAUAUUUGGCGUGCCUUGGUCCAAAUCUGGGAGCUGAAGCAGAGCCUGCUGUAUCUUAUUGGAUAUUUCCUGCUAGGCGAUUCAUUGAACACGACGGUCACCGUAAUUGCUACUCAGCAAAAUUCGGUCGUCUCCUACAAUACGCUGACAUUAACUUACCUCCUGAUUGUGGGGAUCGCGGCUCAAGAUGCCGGCAUUCUUGCUUCCUGGCUCAUUCAAAAACGUUACGGAUUCAGCACCAAAACAAUGUUCAAUGCAGUGAUGCUUGGUGUACUCCUUCUUGAUGGCUGGGGUGUCAUAGGUAUUUGGUCGCAGUCAUUCGGCUUUCACCACGAGUGGGAGUUCUGGGUAUAUCAAGCCUUCUACGGCCUGUUCGUGUGCCAGUGCGAGGUUACCCCUCGCGGCAAAGAGUUUUUGUUCUUCAGCUUAUACUCGAUCAUGGGGAAGACGAGCGCAUUCAUCGGACCAAUUGUGAGCAGCGCUAUCAUCGAUGCCGACCCGAAGGGAAACAAUAGCCUGCCGUUUUAUUUCCUGUUCGGGCUGACCGGGCUGAGUUUCUUGCUGUUGUUCUUCUUUGUGGAUCUGAAGAAGAGCCGAAGGGAGCAAGAAAGGUUUUUGCAGAGGGAGGAGGCUGCAAAGCAACGGCGUGCAAGCAUUAUCAGUCAAGGAAGACCGAUUGACGAUGAGGGAAGUUUGGAAAGCGACAACAAAGCCCCCAAGAGCGACGAAGUCAAGUCAUGA